AGCAAACUACAUGUCCCAGAAACGCUUGCAAAGAAACACAAUGGCGGGGUAGAUUGCAAAAGCUGCUUUUACUUUUGAUCAAAGUGCAGCAGGAAAUAUAACUCCUCUUUCUCUCGUUAAGUCCGGGACAAUGUUUUCAAUCUUUGGCAUCGGAGGGGAAAGGAGUUUGGGUGUCAUCUAAGGGUAAUAUUUAUUCAAGGCAGCCAUGCCCCCCUUCGCAGUCUUUUCCUCCUUUCUGCGGGGAAUGCACUGCAAUGACAAGGUGCUGGGGAAGUGGUUGCAUUUGCAGCAUAGGAAAGCGCUUGAAAGGACUUUGGGGUGCUUCAGGGUCGGGGCAAGCCCAGGGGAGUAUAGUUUGCACCCUGGAGUAGCUUCUGGGGGGCUACCACGAAAGGUGUGGACGCCAGCGGGGGCCUUGAGGGCUGGGAAAGGCCAAAACAGCUCCCAGGUCCCUGUGCAAAGAAGCCAGAAAGGAGGGACCUCUCUCUCAGCUGCUCAGAAAGUGAAAGAAGCUGGAAGAGAUUUCACCUACUUGAUAGUGGUGGUAGUCGGGAUUGGUGUCACAGGUGGUUUAUUCUAUGUGAUUUUUAAAGAGUUGUUCUCUUCUUCCAGUCCUAGUAAAAUCUAUGGAGAUGCCUUGGAGAAAUGCAGAGCUCACCCUGAGGUAAUCGGUGUUUUUGGUGAACCCAUAAAAGGUUAUGGAGAAGCAACGCGCCGUGGGAGAAGACAACUGGUCAGCCAUAUUGAGUAUGAAAAAGAUGGGCUGAAAUACAUGCGCUUAAAGUUCUACAUUGAGGGCUCAGAAAAAGGAAAACAAGGGACUGUCCAUCUAGAAGUGAAAGAGAAUCCUGAAAAUGGAAAAUAUGAAUAUCGCUAUAUAUUUGUGGAUAUUGAUGUCUAUCCGAGAAGAACCAUAAUAAUUGAGGACAACAGAUAUUUAAAUGCCUAAAAGAAUAUUUCAUUCUUGUGAUUCUUUUUCAUGGUACUGCAUUUCAUAGAAAUAGGAGAACUGGGGCAAAUGUUGGCUGCAAGGUUGUACUAUAACCUGAUGAAAUAUUCAUGUAAUGCCAGUGGAAUCAGUGAUCUCAUGUAUAAUUCUAUGGGAUAAAUACAGGGAGUAGAGAAUCGUGGAUUUAAUAGAAAAUGCAAACAGUGUUGACGCACGUAAUAAGAAUUGGCAGCAGCCUAUGACAGCAGCAAAGAUAUGAUUCAUCCAAGAUGGUUAACAGUGAAUCACAAUUUUAUACUCACACACACAUUACUCGACUUUAUAGAAUUUCAAGAUCAAUUUCUCUGUUUGAAUUUAGACUUCAUACUGGUGCUUCAAUAAAGAAAACAUAAGAAACAUACAAAA